AUGUCCGCCAACCCCACCCCUAACACUCUCCUCGCGCCCCAGGCCGAGGUCUCCCUCCCCUCCUCCCUCGAGGUCACCCCCACGCUCGCACCCGCGAGCGACCCCUCUCCCGCCCUCUCGGAGAUCGUCUCGCCUGCCCUUGAAGAGGCAGACAAGGGCUUUGAGCUUGAUGCUCCCGUGGUCAAGCUCGACCCGCUUCCCGAGUGCUGGGGUCAUCGGGGCGCGUCUGCGUCGUUCCCCGAGAACACGCGCCAGUCGUUUAUUGAGGCCUGCAAAGCCGGCGCGGACGGCAUCGAGACCGACAUUCACGUGACGGCUGAUAACGUGCUCGUCAUGUUCCACGACCCGCGCCUCGAGCGCACGACCAACGGUACCGGUCUCAUUCACGAGCAGCCGUGGCACGGUGUCCUCGAGCACGUGCGCACCAAGAAGGCCCCGCACCAGCCGAUCCCCAAGUUCACUGAGGUGAUCGACGUGCUGAUGGCGUACCCGCGCGUCAAACUGAACAUCGACUGCAAAGUCGAGAACAACCCCUCCAAGCUAUUCGGGCUUAUCAAGGAGGCGCUGUCGGCCGUGCCGCAGUGGGAGACGGUGCUUGCGCCCCGUAUCGUCCUCGGCCUGUGGCACCCCAAGUUCAUUGAGCCUGCCGCGGUUAUCCUCCCCACCGUCCGCCGUUUCUGCAUCUCCAUGUCCAUCGCCGAGGUGCGCAAGUACUUCUACGACAAGUGCCACGGCUUCUCGGUCUGGUACCGCCCGCUCACGAGCGCCGCGGGCCAGCAGUUCCUCCGCGACUGUGCGCGCGCCGGCAAGGAGGUGUGCACGUGGACCGUCAACAGCCGCGAAGAGAUGCUGCAGUGCGCGCGCUGGGGCGUCACAGCCAUUAUCUCCGACAAGCCCGAGCUGUGGCGCGACAUCAAGCGCGACCUCGAGGCCGACCGCGCCAAGGCGCUCAAGCCGACCAUGCAGUCCUACCUCCUCCCGUACUUGAACUACUACAACUACGCGGUCGGGUACCGGGCGAAGGCGCGCGAGGAGUUUGAGUACCUCGUGCGCGAGGGCGGCGCCUUUGAUGCCCUUGAGGCUGUUGACGCCCUCGACGCCGUGCAACCCCUCCGGCCCGCCCAGCUCAUUUAA